CCCACCACCACCCUACGGUUUGCCUUUUAGGUGUGAAAUCUAUCUUAUCAGAGAGAGACUCUGAGCCCCCUUUUGGUCCCCCGCAUGACAUGGUUCAGUCCAGCUGUGAGAUCCGAGCCUCCUCCAUGCAUUGGGAUUUUUCUCAGCUCCGACACCGAGUGAAUCUCCCUCUUCUGAGCAUCUGAGAACUCAUCGUGCCUGCCAGAAAAAAAGGAAAGAAAAAAAAAAAGAGAGAGAGAGAGAGACCCUGCCAUGACCACCACUUCAAAUCGGGAUCGGGACGGAGCACCGGGACUUGGAAGGAGAGCGGAAUCCGUAUGCAGAAAGGGAGAUGAUGGCAUUGGGGUUUUAGCAGCUCUGAUGAAAGCUGGAGCUCAGGCGCGCUGCUGUCGGAGCCGAGUGCUGCUCUUCUACAUGGGGUUGCUGAUGCUAGUCGCCACAGUUGAGGCUCAGAAUUGCAGUUAUACUCUACACAGUCCCAAUGGGACGAUAGAGAGUCCCGGAUAUCCUUACGGUUAUCCAAACUAUGCCAACUGUACAUGGGUCAUUGUGGGAGCAGAUCAUAACCGGAUACAGCUGGUGUUUCAAGGCUUCGCCCUGGAGGAGGAUUUUGACAUCCUGUCUGUUUAUGAUGGGCCGCCAAGCCCAGGGAACCUGCGAACAAGGUUAACUGGGUUCCAGCUGCCUUCACCUAUUGUGAGUACAGGCUCCAGACUCACCUUGUGGCUGCUAUCUGAUUAUGCUGUCAGCGGGCAGGGAUUUAAAGCAGUUUAUGAAGCUCUGCCCAGUUACACUUGUGGUAAUCCUGGCCAGCUACUGAAUGGCUAUCAACAGGGGUCCACUUUCAAUAUUGGGGAUAAAAUCCGCUACAGCUGUAGCCCUGGCUAUGUGCUGGAGGGUCACACCACACUCUCCUGCCUCGCCACUUCAACUGGGACGGCUGCCUGGGAUUUCCCCCUUCCUUACUGCAGAGCUGAUGAUGGAUGUGGAGGGACACUGCGGGGCCAGAGCGGGGUGAUCACCACCCCCAAUUAUCCAGCCGAGUACAACAACAAUGCUGACUGCACUUGGACUGUGCUGGCCGAGCCCGGAGACACCAUCGCCUUGGUUUUCUCUGACUUUCAGUUGGAGGACGACUACGACCUGCUGGAGGUCAGCGGUACAGACGGACCUUCACAGUGGUUUACUGGUCCCAACCUUCCCUCGCCUAUUAUUAGCAGCAAGAACUGGCUUCGACUUCACUUUACGUCAGAUGGCAACCACAGGUUGAGAGGUUUCAGUGCCCAGUAUCAGGUGAAAAAGAUGACUGAACUCAAAUCUAGAGGUGUGAAGAUGUUGCCAAGCAAAGACAACCACCAUAAGAUAUCAGUGUUGUCUCAGAUGGGUGUAGCUCAAGGACACAACAUGUGUCCAGAUCCUGGGAUUCCGGAUCGGGGAAAAAGAAAAGGCUCUGACUUCAGGCGAGGAGCUACAGUGCACUAUUCCUGCGAUGAGGGUUACGAACUGCAGGGCUCCAAGAGCAUCAGCUGCCUCCGAGUGACAGACAGCUACGUGGGCUGGAGUGAUGACCGGCCCAUCUGCAGAGCGCCAAUGUGCGGCGGUCAGCUAAAAGGACCCAGUGGUGUCAUCACAUCUCCUAAUUAUCCCGUUCAGUACGAUAACAAUGCCAACUGCACUUGGAUCAUCACAGCAACUGACACGUCUAAGGUGAUCAAGCUGACAUUUGAGGAUUUUGACCUGGAGAGAGGUUACGACACCUUGACGGUGGGAGACGGCGAGCUCGUGGGGGACCAGAAGACCAUUUUCCAUGUCUUGUCUGGUACGACAACGCCAGACCUGGUGGUGAGCACCAGUCACCAGAUGUGGCUGAACUUCAAAACAGAUGACACCAGUGGCUCCCUUGGAUUUAAAGUCACUUUUGAGGAGAUCGACCAAGGCAGUUGUGGGGAUCCUGGAAUUCCAGCCUAUGGCAAACGGGAAGGGACAGGUUUUCGUCACGGGGACAGGUUGUACUUUGAGUGUCUGCCUGCCUUCGAGCUCGUGGGAAAGAAGAACAUCACCUGUCAGAAGAACAAUCAGUGGUCCGCCAAGAAACCCAGCUGUGUUUUUUCCUGCUUCUUCAACUUUACUACUCCAUCCGGAGUCCUGCUGUCUCCCAACUACCCUCAGGAAUAUGGGAACAACAUGCACUGUGUGUGGCUCAUCAUCACCAACCCCGAGAGCAGAAUCAACCUGGCCUUCAACGACCUUAGCAUGGAGAAACAGUUUGACUUCCUUUCCAUUAAGGACGGCGGAAAGGCUGAAUCUCCCAUUCUGGGCACCUUCUCUGGAGACGCUCUGCCUCCCCCCAUAACAACGAGCGGUCACGUGGCCCGACUUGAAUUCCUGACAGAUCAUACAUACACGGACAGAGGCUUCAAUAUCACUUUUACAACUUUUCGCCACAAUGAAUGCCCAGAUCCAGGGGUGCCAGUUAACGGAAAGCGUUUUGGCGAGAGUCUUCAGCUGGGCAGCUCCAUCUCAUUCCUUUGUGAAGAGGGCUUUGUUAAGACCCACGGCUCUCAGACUAUAUCCUGCAUUCUGAAGGAUGGCAACGUCGUAUGGGACAACGCCGUCCCCCGAUGUGAAGCCCCAUGUGGAGGAGAUCUGAAGGCUCCCAGUGGGAUCAUUCUCUCCCCUGGCUGGCCAGAACUGUACAAGGAGGCCCUUAACUGUGAAUGGAUCAUUGAGGCUCCUCCAGGCUAUCCCAUCAAGAUCAUCUUCGACAAGUUUCGAACUGAAGUCAACUAUGAUGUUCUCGAGGUGCGGGAUGGCCGAUUUCCCUCCUCACCUCUAAUUGGAAGUUACCAGGGCACCCAGGUUCCACAGUUCCUCAUCAGCACCUCAAACUUCCUGUACCUCCUCUUUACCACCGACAAGAGUCACUCUGACAUCGGCUUCCGCAUACGUUACGAGACCCUGCAGCUGCAGUCAGACCACUGCGUGGAUCCCGGCAUCCCUGUGAACGGGCAGCGGCACGGCAACGACUUCUACGUGGGAGGUUUGGUGACAUUUAGCUGCGACGCCGGCUAUACCCUGAGUGACGCCGAGCCUUUAGAGUGCGAACCUAAUUUCCAGUGGAGUCGCCCCCUGCCUAGCUGUGAUGCGUUGUGCGGCGGUUACAUCCAGGGCAACACCGGAACCAUCCUUUCUCCCAGCUUUCCUGACUUCUACCCACACAACUUGAACUGCACAUGGACAAUCGAGACCUCCCACGGAAAAGGCGUACAGUUCACCUUCCACACCUUUCACCUCGAGAGUCCCCAUGACCAUUUGCUGGUGACCGAGAACGGCAGUUUCUCUCAGCCCCUCUGGAAACUGACCGGGUCCACCUUGCCUCCUCCUUUAAGCGCGGGCCUGUUCGGGAACUACACCGCGCAGAUCCGCUUUCUCUCUGACUUCUCUGUUUCAUACGAGGGAUUUAACAUCACAUUCUCAGAGUAUGAUUUGGAGCCCUGUGAGGAUCCUGGAAUCCCUCCAUACAGCACCAGAAAAGGUCUCCAGUAUGGAGUCGGCGAUGCCCUCAUCUUUUCCUGUUUCCCUGGUUACCGGUUAGAGGGCCCGGCGAGGGUGGUGUGCUUAGGGGGCAGAAGGCAGGUGUGGAGCUCCCCUCUGCCAAGGUGUGUUGCUGAAUGUGGCUCAUCCGUGACUGGCAUGCAAGGGGUGCUCCUCUCUCCCAACUACCCUGGUUACUACGGCAACAACCACGAAUGCAUCUACUCUAUCCAGACGCAGCCUGGCAAAGGCAUUCAGCUGAGAGCACGGGACUUUCGACUGGAGGAUGACGACGUUCUCAAAGUUUUUGAUGGCAGCAGUAAUAAGGCUCGUCUGCUGGGGGUGUUUACAGGAAACGAGCUACUAGACGUAACCUUGAACUCCACCUCCAGCUCCAUGUGGCUGGAGUUCAUCAGCAAUGCUGAGAACACCAGUAAAGGCUUUGAACUGCACUUCACUAGUUUUGAGCUGGUUAAAUGUGAGGAUCCAGGCGUUCCCCAGUUUGGCUACAAGCGGGAGGACAAAGGUCAUUUUGCAGGGAGCACCGUGUCGUACAGCUGCGACCCAGGCUACACCCUAAAAGGCCCGGAGAUCCUCACCUGCCUCAGGGGGGAGAGGAGGGCGUGGGACAGGCCACUUCCACUCUGUGUUGCGGAGUGUGGGGGCACCAUCAAGGAGGAGCCUUCCGGUCGUAUUCUGUCUCCAGGAUACCCAGCUCCUUACGAGCACAACUUGCAUUGUGUUUGGACCAUCGAAGCUGCUCCAGGAAGCACCAUCAGUCUGCAUUUUCUGGUCUUCCACACGGAGGAGGUCCAUGAUGUGCUUCGGAUCUGGGAUGGUCUGCAGGACGGGGGAGUCCUGCUGAGGGAGCUGAGUGGGUCGGCGUUGCCCCCGGACGCUCACAGCACCUUUAACACGAUCACUUUGCAGUUCACCACGGACUUUUUUACCAGCAAGCAAGGCUUUGCUUUGCAAUUUUCUGUCUCCACGGCGACCUCCUGCAAUGACCCGGGCAUGCCCACUAACGGUACCCGCGGAGGCGACAGCAGGGAGCCCGGGGACCAUGUGGUGUUCCAGUGUGAUCCCGGCUACGUCCUGCAGGGGGCCACCAGAAUCACAUGCACAGAGAUCAAUGGUCGCUUCUUCUGGCAGCCAGACCCCCCAACAUGCACAGCUCCGUGUGGUGGGAACCUAACAGGUCCAAGUGGGCUGAUUCUGUCUCCAGACUAUCCUGAACCUUACCCACAUGGAAGAGAGUGUGACUGGAGAGUAACUGUCACAGAGGACUAUGUUAUUUUGCUCAGCUUUAACCAUUUCAGCCUGGAGCCCAGUUAUGACUUCUUGCAUAUCUACGACGGGCCUGACUCCCUGAGCCCCUUGUUGGGUAGUUUCUAUGGCACUGAUGUUCCAGAUCGCAUCGAGAGCAGCUCCAACACGCUCUUCAUGGCAUUCCGCAGCGACGCCUCCCUCAGCAGUAACGGAUUUGUGCUGCAGUAUACAGAAAACCCCAGGGAGUCUUGCUUCGAACCCGGCCUCGUUCGUAAUGGGACACGGGUGGGCACCGAUCUCAAGCUGGGCUCCACUGUCGCCUACCACUGCGACAGCGGCUACACGCUAGAGGGAGACCCGACGCUCACUUGCAUCAUGGGGGGAGACGGCAAGCCGAGCUGGAACAAGCCCAAACCCAUCUGCAUGGCCCCAUGUGGUGGACAGUACUCUGGAUUAGAGGGAGUAGUCUUGUCCCCUGGUUUCCCUGGCAACUAUACCAGUUCUCGAACCUGUCUGUACUCUGUAGUCGUGCCCAAGGAUUAUGUGGUGUUCAGCCAGUUCGCCUUCUUCCAGACUGCUCUGAAUGACAUAGUGGAGGUUUAUGAUGGACCAACACAACAUUCCCGGGUUCUGAGCUCACUUUCUGGAGCGCACACAGGUGAGUCGUUGCCGUUGGCGACCUCCAAUCAAAUCCUGAUCCGCUUUACAGCCAAAGGCCAAUCCAGCUCCAGAGGAUUCCAUCUGGCCUACCAGGCGGUGCCAAGGACCAGCGCCACCCAAUGCAGUUCAGUCCCUGAACCACGGAACGGUCGGCGCAUGGGCAACAACUUUGCCGUUGGUGCAGUGGUCCGCUUUGAGUGCAGCCCUGGCUAUGUCCUGGAGGGAUCAAGUGCCAUUGAAUGCUUAACAGUCCCCAAUGCCCUGGCACAAUGGAACAGCUCCAUACCCAGCUGCAUCGUUCCAUGUGGAGGUAAUCUGACCCAUCGAACUGGCACCAUCUUAUCUCCAGGGUACCCUGAACCUUACCUCAACAGCCUGAACUGUGUGUGGAAGAUUACUGUUCCUGAAGGAUCAGGGAUCCAGAUCCAAGUAAUCAGCUUUGUCACGGAGCAGAACUGGGACUCACUGGAGGUCUUUGAUGGAGGCGACAACACUGACACACUCCUCGGCAGCUUCUCAGGUACAACGGUCCCCGCUCUCCUCAACAGCACCUCAAACCAACUCUACCUUCACUUCUUCUCAGAUAUUAGCGUGUCCGCUGCCGGAUUCAGGCUGGAAUACAAAACUGUCUCUCUGACCAGCUGCCCAGAACCUGUGGUUCCCAUGAAUGGCAUUAAGAUUGGGGAGCGUCUUCAGAUGAAUAAUGUGGUGUCUUUUCACUGUGAACCUGGCUAUACUCUCCAGGGGAAUUCUCACAUCACCUGUAUGCCUGGAACCGUCAGACGAUGGAACUAUCCUCCUCCUCUCUGUAUUGCACAAUGCGGUGGAAUCCGGGAGGAGAUGGAAGGAGUGAUUCUCAGCCCUGGUUUCCCUGGCAACUACCCUAGCAACAGUGAUUGCACCUGGAGAAUAUACCUGCCAGUCGGUUACGGAGCCCACGUACAGUUCCUUAACUUUUCAACAGAGGCCAACCAUGACUUCCUAGAGAUACGGAACGGGCCUCUUGACACUAGUGCUGUGAUUGGUCGAUUCAGUGGCCAGGACGUCCCGCCGCCUCUUCUCUCUACCUCCCACGAGACCACAGUUUAUUUCCACAGUGACCACUCACAGAACAAACCAGGUUUCAGGUUCGAGUAUCAAGCAUAUGAGCUACAGGAAUGCCCAGAUCCAGAACCUUUCCGUUAUGGAGUGGUGGUCGGCGCAGGCUAUAAUGUGGGCCAGUCCAUUUCCUUUGAGUGUCUGCCUGGAUAUCAGCUGAUGGGACAUUCCAUCCUCACCUGUGAACAUGGCACCACCCGCAACUGGGACCACCCAUUUCCUCGCUGCGAAGUGCCUUGUGGUGCCAACAUCACAUCAGACAACGGGACCAUCUUCUCCCCAGGAUACCCAGAGGAGUACCCGAACUCAGCUGACUGCACCUGGCUCAUUUCAGUGGCUCCUAGCUUUGGAGUCAAACUCAAUUUCACUCUGCUUCAGGUUCAUGGGCCGCAUGACUUCAUAACUGUCUGGGACGGUCCGCAGGAGACAACUCGAAAACUAGGUGUCUUCACGGACGGAGAGCCUAAUGACCCACCCAGUAGCACAUCCAAUCAGGUGCUGAUACGAUUCCGCAGCAACACAGAGAAGGGCGGGUUAUUCCGCAUUAGCUAUCAAGCUUACAGACUUCAGUACUGCCUGCCUCCACCCAUCAUCCCUAAUGCAGAGAUCCUGAUGGCAAGCAAAGAAUUCAAAAUUGGUGAUAUAGUUCGCUACCGAUGUCUCCCAGGCUACCAGUUAAGUGGAAAUAGCAUCCUGACAUGUCGACUAGGAACACACUUAGAAUUUGAAGGUCCCCCACCGUCAUGUGAUGUGACGUGUCCAAUGAAUGAGGUGCUGACGGCUUCCACAGGCGUCAUUAUGAGCCAGUCACCAGGCACCGGCUUCCCUCAUUUCGAGUCUUGCUCCUGGGUUGUUAAAGUAGAGCCCGGCUACAACAUUACCUUCACUAUCGAACACUUUCAAACCAGCCGUCAGUUUGAUGAGCUUGAAGUCUUUGAUGGUCCAUCCAGACAGAGCCCGCUUCUUAUUACCCUCAGUGGUAAUUAUUCCAGCCCGCUGAGCAUCACGAGCUCCAGUAACAAAGUCUACCUGCACUGGUCUUUUGAUCACACCACCAGCCACAAAGGCUUCCGCAUCCGUUAUUCAGCACCGUACUGCAGCCCUCCUAAUAACCCAGUAAAUGGCACAGUGCACAGCCUAACUGGGUCCAAGUUGGGCAGUACUUUACGCUUCAACUGCGACCAGGGCUUUCGACUUAUUGGUCAGACCAGCGCCACAUGCACCCGGACAGCGCAGGGGAUCCAUCAGUGGAAUGCCCCAGUUCCUCUUUGUCAAGUCAUGUCCUGUGGAAUGCCUGUUGCCCCUGUCAACGGCAGCACUGUUGGCCAAGACUUCUCUCUUGGGGCCAGGGUCACUUACCAAUGUAAUCCAGGGUUUCGGCUUGCUGGUCCUCUCACCACCUCAGUGGCCUGUCAAGAAUCUGGGCGGUGGAGCCCCAUUGAGGCCCCUCCGAGAUGCGUUCCGGUCACCUGCACCGACAUCAGCCACUCUGCUGUGGAACAUGGAAGAUGGAGGCUAAUCUACGGCACUCAAAACCAAUAUGAUGCUAUAAUGAUGCUCAUAUGUGACCCGGGAUAUUACUACAGGGGUCAAAGGAUCAUUCGCUGCCAAGCAAAUGGCACCUGGAAUUACCCUGAUCCUCGCCCAGUCUGUGACAUUGUUUCCUGUGGAGAUCUUGGCACUCCUCCAAAUGGUCAUAAAAUAGGAACUUUGAAUGUAUUUGGAGCCACAGCCAUUUUCUCCUGCAACACAGGAUAUACCCUAGUGGGCUCUCGGGUACGAGAGUGCAUGUCCAAUGGGCUUUGGAGCGGAACACAAGUUCAAUGUCUAGCUGGCCAUUGUGGCACUCCAGACCCAAUAGUUAAUGGGCAAAUAAUUGGGGAGAACUUCAACUUUCGAGGCAGCGUUGUGUACCAAUGUAACCCAGGGUUUCGUCUUAUUGGUGUGUCAGUGCGAAUAUGCGAGCAGGAUCACCGCUGGUCAGGAAAUACCCCCGUUUGCGUUCCCAUCACAUGUGGCCACCCUGGAAACCCUACAUUUGGCACAACCCAAGGAACCCAGUUCAACUUAAAUGAUGUUGUGCGUUUUGUCUGCAAUACUGGAUAUGUUCUGCAUGGGGCUGUUAAAUCUACAUGCCAGGCUAAUGGACAAUGGAACAAUGCUAUACCAAGGUGUAAAAUUGUAAACUGCACAGAGCCCGGCCAUGUAGAGUACAGCAUUAGACAAGUAAUAUCCAGCGGUCCGCAUCGGUACAGCUUCCAAACUACGGUGACGUACCGCUGUAACCCAGGCUAUUAUCUGCUGGGAACCAGCUCCAUCUCCUGCCAAGGGGACGGCACCUGGGACCGCUCCUUACCCAAAUGCCUGUUGGUUCUUUGCGACCGUCCCAGCAUGCCUCCAUACGCUCAGAUCUCAGGUGACCGUCGAACGGUGGGCUCAGUCAUCCGCUACAGCUGCAUGGGCCAGCGUAGCAUCAUCGGAAACACCACAAGAAUGUGUCAGCUGGACGGGCAGUGGAGCGGCUCGCCACCGCACUGCUCUGGCGAAUCAAAUGGUCUAUGUGGAGAUCCAGGCGUACCUGUUCACGGCAUUCGUCUUGGAGAUGAAUUUACCGUGAACAGUGUUGUACGUUUCAGCUGCGAACCUGGUUACGUCCUGAAGGGGUCACCAGAGAGAACGUGUUUUUCCAACGGUACAUGGAUGGGAACACAACCGGAGUGUCAUGUAAUUUCCUGUGGAAACCCAGGAACUCCACGAAAUGCCCAGAUCCUUGUUCACGAUGGACUGACUUUUUCCAGAUCCAUCACUUACAGCUGCAGGGAAGGGUACUAUUCUACUGGACUGCUUACCCGACACUGCACUGUAAAUGGGACCUGGACGGGCAACAUGCCAGAGUGCUCAGUAAUCAACUGUGGCGAUCCCGGAGUGCCAGCCAAUGGAGUUAGAUUUGGGAAUGAUUUCACCUACAACCGAACCGUCGCUUUCCAGUGUUCUCCUGGAUAUACCAUGGAUGCUGACAGAGCCUCUUCUCUCAUCUGCACCAAGGAUCGGACAUGGAAUGGCACCAAGCCGCUCUGUAAAGCAAUUGUCUGCGGUCCACCACCGCUCAUCCCAAACGGACAGGUUGUGGGUUCAGACCUAACCUGGGGCUCGAGCAUAAGUUACUCCUGCAACCAAGGCUAUCAGCUGUCUCUGCCCACUGUGUUAACAUGCCAGGGCAACGGCAACUGGAGCGGAGAGAAACCACAGUGUUUCCCUGUAUUCUGUGGAGACCCAGGAAUGCCAGAUCAAGGCAGAAGGGAGGACCGCGGUUUCACCUAUCUUUCUUCUGUCUCGUUCUCUUGCAAUCCUCCCCUCAUCUUGGUUGGCUCGGCCAGGCGGUACUGCCAGUAUGAUGGCACUUGGAGCGGCACGCAGCCCUCCUGCAUAGAUCCAAGUCACACAACCUGUGGUGACCCUGGCAUUCCACUCUUUGGAAAUCAGAACAACAGCCAAGGCUACCAGAUUGGCAGCACUGUGUUCUUUAACUGCAGAAAGGGCUACUUAUUGCAGGGCUCUAUUUCGCGCACAUGUCUGCCCAACCUGACCUGGAGUGGAUUUCAACCUGAGUGCAUUUCCCACCACUGCAGCCAGCCAGAGCUACCUGCUCAGUCUGAUGUUCGAGCCAUUGAACUGCCAUCCCUUGGCUACACACUGAUCUAUACAUGUCAGCCUGGCUUCUAUUUGGCUGGGGGUUCAGAACACAGAACCUGCAGGUCCGACGGUAGCUGGUCAGGGAAACCACCACUGUGUGCAGCUGAUAAUCGGCCAAGUGGUAGAAUCCCAGUGGGCACUGUACAAGAGCCUCCAUCUAAACUGCCAGUCCCCGGUGGUGUGUUUGCUAAAAACUCCCUCUGGAGGGGUUCCUAUGAGUACCUGGGAAAGAAGCAGCCAGCCAUGCUUAGCAUCACUGCCUUUGAACCUUUUAGCAACCGAGUUAAUGGGACACUGAUCGACCACAGCGGGGUUGAGCUUAAAUUAGCAGGAACGUAUAAGAGGGAGGAAGCCCAACUGCUUCUACAAGUUCACCAGAUCAGAGGUCCUGUCGAGAUCUUUGUGAACAAGUUUAAAAUAGACAACUGGGCCCUGGACGGACAUGUGUCCUACAUCUCCUCGUCCAAUGCUUUUGUGUACCAGGGAUUUGUCAGAGGAAAAGGCUUUGGCCAAUUUGGUCUCCAAAGACUGGAGAGCUUAGAUCCCAGUAGAGCCAACCCCGGCUACAACUUUGCCUCCAACAGCAGUUCAGUGGCAGCUGCCAUCCUAGUGCCUUUUAUAGCAAUGAUCAUUGCAGGCUUCGCUCUGUAUCUCUAUAAACACAGAAGAAGACCCAAAGUUCCCUUCAACGGUUACGUGGGCCACGAGAACACAAACGGUCGGGCUACGUUCGAGAACCCCAUGUACGACCGCAACAUCCAACCCACUGACAUCAUGGCCAAUGAGACAGAGUUCACAGUCAGCACAGUGUGCACCGCUGUAUAGCAACACCAUCCUUCAGAGUCAGUUGAGGAAGGAAAGAUGCGCCACAACCUCCGCUGGCUGCCGGCAGAGGACACCUAUAAUCCCCUGUGCAGAUGGCGAGAAAAAGAUUAUUUUAUUUGCUGAAACACCUUCAAGUAACAUCUCCAGUCGAGGAGCCUCGUACCUGCAGGAAACAAGAAAAAGAGACUAUAGGAGAGCAACAUCUUUUUUUAUCAAAAAGGUCAACGAGAAACAGCUCUCUGUAACUUUACAUGGUUUCUUGAUCAUGUUCCAUAUUCUAAGGAAAAAGCUUCCAUCUGAACCUGCAGCCGGCAGGAGUACUGCUGGAGGCAAAGCUGUGAUGACUUUUCUCACCGCCCUUCGCCUAAACCCAAAGGGAAGUUUGUGUAAGUCAUAAAAUGUACCUGUAGCUUACAAAGAACUCUGCGCACUGUGUGGUGGGCAGCCACGUGUCGGUCGGUGUGUGUGAGGCUAAGAGAAACUGUCCGAACUGUUGAAAUUUAUCCGUUCUGUUCUCUAUUUGUAUUUUGUUUGUUUUUACUGUUUUGUUUUGUUUUUUUGUUUCUUUCUUUCUUGUGUUUUAUGCUGCCAGCUUUGUCAGAUGAGUAAUUGGGAACAUUGUUAUCUGUCAGAUCUCUGCUAUUUGAGGUUGUCAAAAGGUUCCAUGGAAGGCUGCAGGUUUAAAGAUGUCAUUUUCAAGGCCAUGUCGAAAACAUACUCUUAUCAUUACUUUGGGUGCUCUUCCUCCUAUUUGUCUUUUCCUGCGGCUGAAGAAAAGGUUAAAAGGUUGAUAGGUGUUUGAAGAAAAGUAGAGAGAGCAUCUGUGUGACUGCUAUAGGAGGACAGAGUGCCUGUGUGCGUAGGUGUGAAGACAUUUGUGGUUUUAACCAAAAACCUGAUGAUUUUUUGUGGUUUUGAUAGCACUUCAUUUGAUUUUAGGAAGGCUAAUGAUCAGAAAGAAGCUGUGCAUAAAUGUAACCCAUCAAGUGAAGGUAGAAUGAAACAAAAGAACUGAGAAUCUAAUAUUCAGUCAGCAGCAACGUUUACUUUUCUAUUUUUGCUUUGUUCCUGGUUCAAACACAUUUAUAUUACAAUGUUGUGUUUGAAGACUAAUUAGGUGUCAAACAAGCCGAAGUUAUCUUGAGAAGUCAAAGAUGAUCCCUCUCUCAAAUGGGGACAGGAUGUGGGAUGCAUUUCCAUGGACAUAAGUCUUUUAGAGACAUUACAUCUUUCAUUUUUCAUUCAUAUCCACAUCUCAGGGCGAAGCUGCAGCACCAACUCAUGGCUCAUUCUGCUAUGAAUAGUGCAUUGCAGAAAUACAAAAAAAUACUUCCACCUUUUUUCUUUAAAGCCAAGAUCAGAUUCAGAUUAUUUUCUGUCUUAAAUUUGGCUAUUUGUAUUUAUGACUAAAGGGAUAGGUUGUAUUUUUAGGCAAAAUUCUGGGGAAAAUGUGUUACCAUUAUUAGCUCAUUUAUUAUUAACACAGUAAAUGGCUAAGGCUUUUCAGAGAGUUUGGAUUGUUUAACAUAGUGCCGUGUGAAAGCGAAAAUGACCAGCUGAAAAUGUAAUAAAUAUUGCAAUUUUGGUCCCUAAUAGGACCAAGUCUCUCAGACUCUCAGUAGUGAAAACUCUCUAAUCGGUCUUAUAAAAGUUUAGCUGGGUUAUAUGCACUCAUAUGGUGUUUUAUCUAGCAGAUGUAACAAAUUGCUUAAAUCAGUUAAAAUGGGGGUUCCACCUGUUUCUUUUGUUGCAACAUUUAAUCUUCCACUAGAGAUGAGCGAACUAAUUGUGAAAAACACUUCACAGAACCUCCACUGUCCCUUUAAGAUCCAAUAGUAGCUUCUUACACCUGGCCUUCGGAAACGCAAGAGCAAAAUGUUGCAAUGAAGGCGUCAGAGUUUGAAGAGCGGAUGAGUCAGUGUCGCGUUCCCAGUGGAUUACGCUCGGGUCUUUUCCCUCCAAGUUAACUUCUGACAGCCCCGUCCUUUUAAAGAAGAAGAGUGUUUCAAUUGUUUUGUUUUCUGCUCAUCAUAAAAACGUUGAAGGCUGCGUGCCUGCAGGCUGUGACAGCGGGGGAGUCGCUGGCAUACUGAUUACUGCCGUGCAUUAAAUUGGAAAUGAUAAAUGUGAUAUAGGAAAAAAUAGUUUAGCCCUUUAAUGCUAACACUCCUUAUCUGGCACUGCUGGGGGAGAAAAUUGCAGAAUAUAUAUGUAUAUACAUAUAUAGAAUUAAAUUUUUUUUAGAGUGCAACACACAGCAGAAAUGUCAUCAUAUAUAUCUGUGGGAAUCUGCUUUAUGUGUUCCGGUCUGAUGAGAGGAGUUUUAUGACUUUUUUAGACCUGUUGAUCCUGACGAUGAUCAGUGGGGUGAAUAUUGGUUGAAUUUCCUUCAAGGAAGAUGAGCUUUUUACUUGUUGCUUCCUUUUAAUUUUGCUUUCCAACUCAGAAACCAUUAAACUGGUAAUAUCCUUGACUACAUAUUUAUUUUCAGAAAAGAGUAUUGAAGCACUUAAAAAGCAGAAUGAAACAUCCACACCGAUUCUUUCUUUUUUUUUUUUCUGGGCAUUGUUACAAAUAAGAAAAAUUAAACAAACAAAAAAAAUCACCCAGACCGUUUUUUCUUUUUUUUUUUUUUUUUACACCUAGAAAUCAAGUCUCUUGAAACCAAUCAUUGCAUUGUUCCCUCAGUCAUUUUCACUGUGCUUCAGUAAUUGCUUUGACAAUUUUAUUACUUUUAAGACUCUCGUUUAUCUCGACCGUUCCAGUGGAAUAUUUGGCCAUUUUCCUCCUCCGGAGUUUGAGCGAUAGAAUAGGAAGUGAUUGAAUUACCCUGGAGAUUUCACGGAGAGACGAGCAGUUACACUCAUGUAAUCCCGAAGACUCCCUGUGCUGAAUUCUCAUAGUUUUGUGCAGCAGUUGCAUGGUGCAUUACGUUUAUUUUGGCUCCGAAGCUGCUCUCAAACAUCUGAGCUGAAAUUAUGGCUUUAUUACAUAUUUGUUCGGGGCACUUCAGGGGGGAGCCUUUCCCCUCAAUUUACUCUACAAUGGCAACUUCUUUCACACUUCUUUAAAAUGGCUGAACUGAUUUUGGUAACAGUAUUAUCACUGCUGAUUUCCCUACAUGAAGUUGAAUCUGUUUAGGCAUACGAUUCAACAGAAGAGGCCCGAAGAGGAUCUCAUAUGAACGAUUGUAUUAAGAGGGGCUUAUUUGAAGGAAAUUAGAAAAAUGGUCAUCAAAAAGGCCAAAUAUUUACUCUUUUCAUGAUUUUUUUAUCUGCUCCAGUCUUCAAUAAGCACUUUAUGUUCAUUAUAGUGCCUUGUCAUAACUCGUAAGAUCAGUCUCCAGCUUAGACAGUUCUUUUUGGUCAAUAAAUUUUAACCAUUCUUACUACAGUUUUGGGGUCAACUUAUCAUCUUCAGAUAUUUCAAACUGGAGUCCUUCAGUCACUCCCCGAUUAUCUCUCUGGCUGAGUGGCCCCGACUGAUACAGAAAAACUCCUGAAGCACUGAAGAGAUUGUGAGCUGUAGUUUUUGAUCUUACUGAGAGGGGGGGAAAAAACCCCUCUGAAGAUGUCAGAGUAGAAAUUCAUUUCGCUUUAUUAUCUCUGUGCUUUGGUGUACGAGGAUUACUAUCCAAAAAUCUGUCUGCUUGCCUAAAUGAUUGGUCAAUUUUUAAAGCCUCGUUUUCUGUUGAUGGUUUAAAGGCUGCUUUAUUAGUCAAAGGGGAAAAAAAGAUAUCCAAAGUCAUCAAAUAAAAAAAUAUAUAAAACAUUUAGUUUGUUAUUGAAAACAAAAAUUUCUUGAAACAAUUUACAGGUAAAUAUGAACAAAUCUUCAUUUUCACUUAAUAUUCAAAUCUGUGGAGGUGUUUUCCUUCCCACCCAAGCUGCUUAGCCCAAAACCUGCUCACUGCAUCGCAGUACUAUGAAAAUGGAGAUCAGUGAGUGUUGGAUUGAGCGGUGCUGCAACAGUUAGAACUGAGCCUUCCUUGAUAGCAGCUGGCGAAUUUGUGCUUCUUCUACUUUUUCUUCCUUUUUUCUUUUUUUUUGCAUAUUUUAAAUCACUAACUCUGUUCAUUCAGGCUCAUUUUUUGUUAUCAGCCCCACACAGCUUUGAGUUCCCCCGCGCCCUCAUCCUGCUCACCAUCUCCUCUAUAAUGUAACGCGCCACAGCAAUGGUCUUUUGAGUUCACUGAGUUUCCUCUCAGUCAGGGACCAGACCAAAAGCCUCCCACUUCUCUCUCUGCAGCCAGAGCACUGACUUUCCAGCACAGGCCACACUCUGCAUGUAGUGGGAAAAAAAAAUAAAAGCAAGCAAUCCAUCAGUAAUGCUGAGUGACACUUUCUACAGCAGCUAUCAUUUAUAAUCUCCCAUCUUUCACUGUCACCCCAUAUUGAUGAAUCCAAAAGCUCGGCAGCUUGCCUUUACCCUUCAGUGAAAACCCACGUUCGUUUCAGUGAAAUGAAAAAUCUUUGAAAUGUUUGCUUAUUUUCUUAAUUCGGUUCAAAAGCUAAAAAUUCAUACAUCGAUUCAUUGCACUUAGUCAUGUAUUUCAAGCAUUUAUUUAAUUGUGAUGAUUGUGGCUUACAGUAAAUUAAAACCCAAAGUGUAUUUUCUUUUAGAACAUUCAAAUAUAAUCCGAAACGUUGACCUACAUAAACGUGAAUAUAUUUAACAAUUAACCUGGGCUUCUGUGUGUAAAUUACUGGAAUAAAUGCUACGGAGGUGUAAUGUCCAAAGCUUGUGAAUCUCCCGCAAACUCUUGAAUGGACUUUAAGAGUCCACACUCCUCUUAAGACUGCUUUCCCUGCUGCGUGGGCACCCUUUUCUGCCAGACAUUUUCCAUCCACUUAACUUUCCAAUAAAAUGCAUGGACACAGCACUCUAAAAUGCCAUCUUUGCAUUCUUGUGGUGAGUGUCACUGAGUUUCUGCUGGACAUCUGCCGAGUCAGCGGCCUUUCCCAUGAUAGAGUAGGUCAAAACGUCCAUUUUUAAAAUUGUGUCUCAUAAGAAACACCUUCUUAUGAGACAAAUUUCAGAGAAAGCGAUUGUUUUCGCUGCACGUCUAAAUCAUCACAAUUAUUGGAGGUAAAUGCAAUUCAUUACAAUGUGUGUAAUGAAUCUGAACAUGCAUAUUUUUUUUCUUAUGAAUUACUGAAGGAAAUAUCUUUGACUAGAUCAAAAUUUCUUGAGUUGUACUUGUAAGUAGCAGUAAAGAAUGGGUUGUGGAUAAGACUAACAUUGAGUUUAAUUUAGAAAAAAGUGGAGUUGGAUUAUUUCUUUGACCUCUUGAGUUCCCACUCAUCCACUGAUGAAUGUAUUUCAUUUUUAUCAAGAGUUUGUCCGAUUUGUACUGUAUGCUGCGUUUAAUGUUUGGGGGGGGGGAAAAAAAAAUCGCCAGAAUGUUUCAGUCUUUGAAGAAGAAAGAUGUAGGAAGUGGAUUCUUAAGGAAAAUACUAAAAAAAGA